UCUGUUGACAAGGAAGUUAAAUAUAUACCAUACGUCUGUUUUCGGAUAUGUGUACAUAGAUACAGAGUUUUUGAAGAAGAUUUAAUCAAUAUUCAGGUUUUCAAAAGAAAGUCAGUACAAUCUUAAUAUCAGUGGAAGAAUAUGUCCUACUCGUGAUAUAAAUAGAUAAAGAAACAGACACAGAAGGAAGUGCGUCAUGAAAAAAGUAAUUUGACUAAAUAAAGUUCAACAUUAGAUAAGACAUGGAGGUCCCUGGAAGAACACAAGACAGUCCACCAAAAGAUAGUGCAGGGAGGUCUUUGAGUGGAGAAAGAACAAUAUUUUGUCAACCAUGUAGUAGUGACGGCGAUACGAUGGUUGCCAUUGGAUACUGUCAAAAUUGUAACGAGUAUUUAUGUGCAGUGUGUCUAAAAGUCCACCGCAAGCAAGCCAUGUCAAGAAAUCAUAUUAUUCUGGAUGGUGACAAUAUGCCUAAAGUAUCACUUCCGGCUGUAACCCCAAACGCUUGUUCUGAAAUAUGUACCAAACACGAAAAUGAAAUAGUUAAAUAUUUCUGCAUGUCACAUGAUGCAGUGGGUUGUGGAGAUUGUAUGAUCAUUAAUCAUAAAUCCUGUAAAGUUGAUCGUAUACAAGAUAUAUCUUUAGAAUAUUUCAAUGGCACUGAACACCAAAAUAUUCUAAAGAAGGUAGAGCAGUUUGUGAAAGAUAUCGAUGAAAUAAAAUGGGAGCUACAAGCUAGCGAAGGGAAUACGAGACAAGCAUACACACAAGCAAUUAAAUAUGUCAAAGCAUUCAAGAAAGAAAUCAUCGAUUAUCUUAAUAAGGCAGAAAGAGAAAUGCUUGAAAUGAUAAACGAAAGGAAAAAGAAGAAUGAAAUGCUGAUACAGGAACUACAGCAAGCAGAAAGUCAUAUUGGAAGAAAUAUUAAAGAAAUACAGACGAAAUUACAGCUACAGGUAAACCAAGCGAAUGAGUUGUUUGUUGAGGCAAAACAAGUAAAAGCAAAACUUAACGUUAUUGGUGAAAAUCUGAAAAGGUUGAAUAAAGACAUCAGCAUUGAUGUAUUUGAGUUUCAACAUUCUUCCCACAUGGAACAAAUGGCCAAGUCUUGUGUGCCGCUCGGUCACAUAGUUGAUGGAUCAGAGCAAAAGGUCGAACACAGGGCAUCAAAACAGGAUUGUCUUAUUCCUGGCAAAGAAGAAGCAGAUCAAACUGGUUUAGACAAGAAGAGCAUUUCUGAAAUGGAUGCUUAUUUUGAUUGUGAAAUAAACAUUAAAACACAAGAUGAUGUUACAGAUUGUUUUGUUCAAAGUUGUGUACUGAUUUACCCAAGUCAGGUUAUAGUCACUGAUAGGAAAAAUAAAUGUGUUAAAUUGGUUGAUGUAAAUAAUAAAGAAGUUUCAAAGUACAAUCUUAAGUUUAUUCCAUCAGGUGUAGCAUUAGUAUAUCCCAAUCUGGUUGCUGUGACAUUUCGUGAUGAAAAAACAAAACAAUUUUUCACACUAACAACAGGUAAUAAUAUCAUUGAAAAUCACAUGAUCAAUGUCCAUACAACUUGUAGGAAAAUUGAAAUCCAUGAAGAUAAGAUUAUUGGUAUAACCAACAAGAGUGUCGAGAUCAUGAGCAUGAGUGGACAAAAGAUAAAAUCUAUAUCUCAUCCAAAUAUGAAAUGUUUAAUGCAUAGUGUUGUCGUACCAAGUUCACGAAUGAUUUAUGUCAGUGCUGGUGAAAUUAAUGCUGUUUUCAAAUUCGAUUUUGAUGGCAAUCUGAUAGCAACAUACAAGGACAAGAAUCUGGUAAAUGUGAGAGGAUUAGAAGUAACAAGAGACGGUACAGUGCUAGUGUGUAACUGGGCUGAAGAUGGCAGUAUACAUAUGAUAACUCCUGACUGUAAAAAGAUCAAAGAACUCUUGAAGGAUGAUAGACAUGUUAGUUAUCCAUGGUGUCUUACGUAUUGUAAUGAAACAAAUAAACUUUUUGUUGGAAACUAUGCUGCAAAUAUUGACAAAGAGUUUUCUAAUGUCAUGAAAUUAUUUCAAUUAAGGUAGAUUUUAAUUCCACAUGAUAUCAAUAGUCUGAUAUCAAACAGAAAUAGCAAAAUUGUAAUGGCUAUAUCGAAAAUAUAAUUUUGAUAUACAUCAUGUAUUCAAAAUGUUUCAUGAAUGAUAAGGUAUGAUAAUAAAAAGUAUUUUAUCUGAACAAAGAAGAAAUAAAAAAUAUUCAAGACUUUAUUGUUAAGUACAUGCAUGUACAUUGCUACAAAAAUAUGUUGCAUAUCUGUAUAUAAUGUUGGACAUUUUUUUCAUACAUUCAUUAUUUACAGGCAAGUAAUAUCACGCUUUUAUACGCUUUUGAUGGAAAAUUUCAUUGUUGGCUGAAAUACAUGUUUUAUUUUGUAUUCCUACAAAACUAUUUUUACUCUCUGCUGAUCUUUUGAUUCCGUUACGUAUACCUUAUGAAGAAAAAAAGGAAUUUCAAACUAAACUUUCGAAAUAAUAUGUGCAACUCCAAUGUUGUAAAUGGUAAUAAACCUUAUUAUUGAAAAGUGUUUCAAAAAUGACCCUGAAAAUAUCAUUAAAUUUCAAAGUAAUCAUUAAAUAUAACUUAGUGAUAAAGUUUUAAAAAAGACACAAUAUUUUCAUCUGAAUCAAAUUUGCGUUUAAUGAUCUUUUUAAACGAGAUUUUUUCUAAAAUAUUCCGUGGCAGUUAAGAGGAUAUAUGUUUAAAAAAAUAUUAAAUGUUUCACAAAAUUUACAUUUUACCUUAAAAUAUAAUGUUUCACAAUGCACCGACUCGAACCAAAUUUGUCACAGAGCACCUAAAGCUUUGACCAUAGUUUCAGUAAGCAGUGUAAUGUUUGACCAAAUCAAAUCUUUAGUGAAGUCCUGACAAUUUUUUUCCUAAGACAGAAUACUUGAGAAGCCUUUAAUUUGGCCAAAUCAAAUGUUUCUUUUCGCACUAUCAGU